GUCCGUAGUUCCCUUCGUCGGAGCAAGUCCACUCUUCCCAAGCGUGAAGCAGCCAUUCCAGCCAAGCCCAAAGGUAACACAUGGCCCAAAAUAAGAAAAUCCCAAAUCCAACUCCAUGACCGCAGGGGCAGAGGCCAUCGAGUCGGCAAUCGUAGGAAAGAUCCCAAAUCGUAACCUAGCAGUCUAGCACGCAACAAUCUACCGUCGAUUAAGUCUUCGUCAAUAGUCAAUUGUUGUCGCGCUGGUCGGACGGGCGCACGGCGGCUGAGUACGGAUAGCCGGACAAGUGGAAACCGAGUCACCGCUAGUUUCUGCAAUCUGCACGGCUGCACUCCUGCACCACCUGGUUUAUACUCUUCGGUGUUAACAGCAACUGAAUUACCCUAGGAUAAUCCUUUUGUUCAAAUAAGAGAUCCUACAUUCCCACUAGGCCUUGCUCAACGCUACGAAACAGGGCAGCAAGGGGGUGAGAGUCAGAGCAAUGAAUCAGGCGGUGCAGAAGAACACUCUCUACGUAGGUGGAUUGGCGGAGGAAGUGAACGAGGCGAUACUCCACGCCGCCUUCAUACCCUUCGGAGACAUCAAGGAUGUGAAGACUCCAUUGGACCAAGCCACACAGAAGCACCGCUCUUUUGGCUUUGUCACUUUUCUUGAGAGGGAAGAUGCUUCCGCUGCCAUGGACAAUAUGGACGGCGCGGAGCUCUACGGCCGAGUUCUCACCGUUAAUUACGCUCUCCCUGAACGCAUCAAGGGUGGUGAACAGGGUUGGGCUGCCCAGCCCAUAUGGGCGGAGGCGGACACAUGGUUUGAGAGACAACAGCAAGAAGAGGAAAUGCAGAAACUUCAAGCAGAGAAUAGGGCUGAUAUGAAGGCUGCAGAGGAAUUACACAGGAAAAAGAUGGCAGAGGAAAGAGAAGGUGAAAAGGAGGAUGGAGAUGUCAUCAAGGAUGAUCCCAUGGCACAAGCUGAAGCUGAGGUUUUAAAAGAAAACCUGGAAUCUUCUUAGUCCCCCAGCAAUUACUCUUCUUUCAGGAGAUUGUACUGUACCCUUUUUCUCAAAGUUAUUGUGAAACAGAUUGUAGUGUGAUUAAACGCAAUUCCCUCCGUCCCUCUGGCUGUAUAAAUGUCUUAGUUCCUGCUUUAUCAGCUGUCUGCAUGUAUGUCCUUCGCCAUUGAAGGUUAAUACUUCUAUGAGUUCUAUCCACCCCAAGUUUAAUUUUGAAGAAAAUUUAUGAGUGAAUCUUUCUUUUGUCACUCCAAAUUCAAAUUCAGGGGUGCUCUUGCUCUGCCAGUGACGGUGUUGGUUGUAUGGUGGUGUUCAUACUCUAAUGUCAUGCAAUAGACGUCAUGAUGACCCAAAUACUUGAUGUAACGUUGAAAACAUACUUGGCUUUAAUGGUCAUCUGAGAUAUAUGUUUUGUUAUUUGCUUAGAAUAUUAUCAUUUGAAGAAUUAUUUGAUAUUUAAAUUUUAAAA